AUGGAUUUUGCAUCUCUUAUGUCAAAGGAGAUAUCCAAGGCCAAGUCGGACAGCACGGAGAAGAAAUACACCAAACGGUCAGAUGUCGAGGCAGCUCGCGUGGCAGCGUAUAAUGCAGAGCAAGAGAAGCUGCAGCGAGAACGAGAAGAGCGAGCCGAGCUGAAGCGGAGGCGAGAUGAAGAAGAGGCGGAGCAGAAUCGCCGGCGGGAGGAGAAACGAAGACGGCUGGCCGAAGAGUCAAGGGCACGACGAGAAGCGGAGGAAGACGCGCGAGAAAAAGAGCGCCGCAAGCGCCAGGGACUGGCCGAUAGAGACGUCAGCAGCGAAAAGGAAGAGACAACCGCGGAGGCUGGUGAGGAUCUCGACGAUGGUGAGCUGAUUGGAAAGCUGCGAGAGCUGGGGGAGCCGGCGCGGCUCUUUGGAGAGAGCCACAAAGGGAGACUGAAGAGAUACAGAAACCUCGUCAACCCGGAGCAGCAGAAUAAGAAGAAGCUUACGGAUGGGCCCAUUCCUACCACCCUGGAGCUGGUGCCAGAGGCGGACAUGAAGGUGCCCGACAAGCUGCCUGCAGACAAAGAAGGGAAACGAUACCUCUUCAGACAACUGGCCUCAUACUUCACCCUCGUCCUCAAGGAAUGGGAGGUUGCCCUGGCCCAGAGAGAUGAUGCUGUCAAGCAGACCUUUCAGGGCAAACAGGCUUACAACGCUAUGGUACAGUCGCGGGAGAACAUGCGGCCUCUGUUCAAGAAGUUCGAGAACGGAGAUAUAGAGGAUGGCAUCCUCGAGCCCGUCGUUGAGAUUGUCAGAAAUGCCCAGAACCGACGAUAUGUUGAUGCUAAUGACGGGUAUCUUACACUGAGUAUCGGCAAAGCAGCCUGGCCUAUUGGUGUCACCAUGGUUGGUAUUCACGAACGUUCUGCUCGAGAAAAACUACACGAAGGAGGCAAGGGACAGGCCCAUAUCAUGAGCGAUGAGAUUACGCGCAAGUUCCUCCAGAGCAUCAAACGAUGCCUGACCUUCGCCCAAGUCAGAUGGCCACCGGAUGACCAGCUCCAGCUCAUGGGAUGA